UUCACACUGGCGUAGUAUUUCACAACAGACAGUUGUUUAACAGUCAUCCUAGCCUUGUGUUAUUGUCACAGUCCAUGUCGCAUCCGUCGACUUGUCUUUCGGCAUCGUGGUAGUCGGAAGGCUGUGUACACGGCCUCCGUCCUAGUAGCCAUCAUUUGACCAAGUUAUUUCGUACUCUGAUCCGAAUUUUCGCUGAAUAAUCGCAUGCGUGAUCGAGUGAUCAGCUCUUCCGUAUCCUUGUGAAUAGCCAUAUAUGUGAAUGCUCUUCUUGGAGGGUUCGUGAUUGAUGCGUCCCCCUCCAACACACUCGCAAUCCAGUCCCCUUGCUUCGAUGUUUGGGGAGAAUUUGUCGUAAAUGUCAGCGUGGAAACAUGCUUUGGAGAAUCCACGGACAAUGUGCUUGAAUUCACGAUCCUUUUCAGGGUCGUGGACCUUCAUUAGAAUGUAUUUGAAUUUUCCACUCUUAUCAAUUUCCACAUCUCUGACGGCGAGGAGUUUGGGAUUCUUGUAGGAACCAGCUGUAGCAAUGUUUGCAGCCAUUUUCCGAUGCUUUCGAAUCACAGUACUUGUCCAAAAGUGUUGGAAACCGAACGACUUGUGGUAGGUAUCGGUAUAGUGUUUCCUUGUGACACGUGGUGAUCUUGAUCUUGCGAGUCACACAAAGAGAACGAACACUCUGAGAGCUGUGAAAGUUUUCACAGACCUAAUAUUCUCAUGCCCACAACAGACAACGGAAGCCAAGUAAUGUAUCGCAGGUCGGGGUUCGCAUACUCGUCUCUCUGAUUGGUUGAGGCUGUUCUUGAGUAGAAUGAAUGAAUCCCGACUUCGGAGCUUGCCACACCUGUUACGCUGUGUGGAGCUUUACUCUCUAACGUGGGAGGUUGAAAAGUCAACAAAUAUGGCGGCGCUGUUUAGGUGCGUGGUCCGGGAAGAGCUGUACCCUUUUCAAGGGGGUUUGCAGUUCUAUCGCGACGAGUUAUUGCUGAGGAUUUGCCUCAGACACAACAUGUGCGAUGUAUGGGAGGCCAGGUCCCAUCUCACUGGAAGACCGACAAACAAAUAGUGGAAGAAAACAAAGUGACCAUGGACUUUCACCCGGUGCCUGAAGGGUCUUGGAAGGAGGGGUACGGUCGCCGGAAUGCCAGGUGGAACAUCAUGCUGGGGGCCAGUGCUGCAGUUCUAGGCAUUACAUAUUUUGUGCUGUGGAAGUCAGGCGCUGUGUAUCUUCACAGCACGCCUCCGUUAUGCAAGGGGAAGGAUUCUGCUGAUGCAGCAGGGGACGCAUCAGGGACCCAGACAGAAAAAUCACCUGACACAGGAGCGGCACCUGGAAUUGACUGGAGCAAGGUCCCUGACAUCCCCAGCCACGCCCAGUACCUCCUUAUAGGGGCAGGGACUGCAUCUUUCGGUGCCUUCAGGGCUAUCAAGUCCAGGGACCCCAAGGCCCAGGUGCUCCUGAUCGGUGAGGAGAAGCGCAUCCCGUACAUGCGCCCUCCACUGUCCAAGGAGAUGUGGUUCAGUGAGGACAAGGAGGGGGUGAAGAAGCUAAAGUUCAAGCAGUGGAAUGGGAAGGAGAGAAGCCUGUUCUUCGAACCGGAGAGCUUCUAUGUGGAACCAAAGAAACUGUCCCACCAAGAAAAUGGUGGUGUCGCAAUUCUGCAAGGGAGAAAGGUGACAAAGCUUGAUGCUUCACAGAAGAAAGUAUGGUUGGACAAUGGAUCAGAAAUCACCUUUGAUAAGUGCCUUAUUGCAACAGGUGGCAAGCCACGCAACUUGCCGGUGUUGGAGAGAGCUGGUGAAAAAGUGAAACAGAGGAUAAACCUGUUCCGUUCAAUCAGUGACUUCCAGCAUCUGGAUGAAGCCACAAAAUAUGCCAAGUCUGUGGCUGUAAUCGGAGGGGGGUUCCUCGGCAGUGAGCUGGCUUGUGCUCUGGGUAAACGAAGCAAGAAAAAUGGUAUGAAAGUGUAUCAAGUGUUUCCUGAAGCAGGUAACAUGGGCCGUGUCCUGCCAGAGUAUCUUAGCAACUGGACCACCGAGAAGGUACAAGCAGAGGGUGUGAAUGUUAUCUCAAACAAGAUUGUAAAUUCUGCUGAGUUUGUCAAAAACGAGGUGGUCCUGGGUCUGAAUGAUGGAAGCACAGUAAGUGCAGAGCAGGUUGUUGUGGCUGUAGGUCUGGAACCUAAUGUGGAACUUGCCAAGACGUCCGGCCUGGAGCUGGAUGAAUCUCAUGGUGGCUUCCGCGUCAACGCUGAACUUGAGGCUCGAUCAAAUGUGUGGGUGGCUGGUGAUGCUUCCUGUUUCUAUGACAUUCGGCUGGGACGGCGCCGCGUUGAGCAUCACGACCAUGCAGUUGUCAGCGGGAGACUGGCUGGGGAGAAUAUGACGGGGGCAGCCAAACCUUACUGGCAUCAGUCCAUGUUCUGGUCUGACCUUGGUCCGGAGGUCGGGUAUGAAGCUAUCGGAAUUGUGGACUCCAGCCUGCCGACAGUGGGAGUGUUUGCCAAGGCCACGGCGCUGGACACGCCUAAAGCUGCCGUAGAGGAGAGUGGGGAAGGGGUUCGCUCAGAGGCAGAACAGGCGGCCAAGCCAUCUUCAGUUCCUUCUCCACAACCAAAGGCCCCGGAAGAAGGCGAGGACUUUGGCAAAGGCAUCGUGUUCUACCUCAAGGAUAAAAUCAUUGUUGGCAUUGUGCUGUGGAACGUUUUUAACAAGAUGCCUAUUGCCAGAAAGGUCCUCCGAGAUGGAGCUGAAAAUGAAGACCUUUAUGAAGUGGCCAAAUUGUUCAACAUUCAUGAAACAUCUUCAUGAUAAUGAAUCUAUUCAGUAUGACUGAUUGAAAAUGAUUGUUUUCUUCAGAUGCGUGAUUAAUCUGAAAGUGUGCUUUCAGAGAUGAGAUUUUUCUGAUGUAUGAAAUUUUUGUUUUCCUCUUUUCUCAGUUACAGUUUGCUACACAUUGUCUCAUCAUGGAUACAUAAAUGUUAAUGGAGGAUAUGUUUCAAUUGUGCCUACAAGUUUAGCUGUAUCUAGCUUAAUGUCUUCUUGUAAACAAACAUUAUAGUUAAGAUUAUUUUACCAACCCACUUGUUAUACAGCCUCUAAUUAUUCUAUUGCCAUCUUUAACAAAUAAGAUUUAAAAUUUGCACUUCAGUUGGAUCUUAUUCAAAAUGCAUGGUAAAAAGUAAAAUCUUUCUUCAAACAGACAGGUCAUGCUAAGUUUGAAAUAAAAAAGACCAUAUAUUUAUUUAGUUGGUUUUCCAAUUUUGGGGGCUAAAUUCUAAUGGUGGCAGUAAAAACAACAACUGAAAACAAAGUUGCAACUUGCAGGUUGGCAUUGCUAUGAUGUACGGUGCUGUGUUUCUGCAGCUAUGGUCCAUGUGUGACAAAGAGUUUAUUCCUUCCACACCAAUUAGCAUGAUUGUGAAAAAUACUAAAAUAUAUUUGUUUUACUAGAAUAACUAUUUCGAUAAUUUUAAUAGUGUGCCCAAAUAUAUUUGUUCAGUCAUUUGUUUUAAAUUUCUGUUUUUUCUGUCAUGAAAACCAAUUUAAAUAAAACAACAUUUCUGAUCCUUCAUGCUGCUCAGAUUACCCCAGAUGAACCAGCUUACAAGUUUGCAUAUUACUUCUGUGUUGAUUUUGUUGAUUAAUAAUUACACUGUUACCUUGUU